ACAGCUUGUCUUAGGCCCUUCUCAGCAAACUCAGUGCCUUCUCUUUUUUCUCUCACUGUCUUUCUUCUGCUUGUGUUUGUGUUUCCAUUUUCUACCAACCGACUCAGGAUUAAAACUGCUGUGGUGCACCGGUUCACGAUUCUACCAACAGAUAAUUUUGGAGCACCACAGAGAUGGCUACAGGUACGUUCCGCAUGGUGUCUGAAGAGGAACAAGCCCUUCGGACCAAAUUGGAGCGCCUCACUGUCAAGGACCACGGACCCGUUUUUGGGCGAUGCGAAAAUCUGCCCCCUCACACCCAGCAGAAGGCAAAAGAUGAGCUAAAUGAGACUGAGGAAAAGAAAGUUUUAGCAGUCAAGGAGCUUCGUUCGCUGAUCCAGGAGAAGGCCAGUUCUGGGGAGGAAACAGAAGCAUCAGUGGCAGCAUGGAUGCUGGAGAAACCUGAUUUGUUCUUUAUACGCUUUAUUCGUGCUCGUAAAUAUGACAUCAACCGUGCCUAUGAGCUGAUGAAAGGAUAUGUGCGCUUUCGAGAGCAGUACCCAGAGCUCUUUGAGAAUCUAACUCCUGAAGCAGUCCGCAGCACAAUUGAAGCUGGAUAUCCAGGAAUACUGCACAGCCGAGACAAAUAUGGCCGUGUAGUGCUGCUUUUCAACAUCGAAAACUGGGACUAUGAAGAAAUCACCUUUGAUGAGAUCCUGCGUGCUUAUUGUGUGAUUUUGGAACGCUUGCUAGAAAACGAGGAAACACAGAUCAAUGGAUUCUGCAUCAUAGAGAACUUUAAGGGCUUCACCAUGCAGCAGGCAUCUGGCAUUAAGCCCUCUGAAUUAAAGAAGAUGGUUGACAUGCUCCAGGACUCCUUUCCAGCAAGAUUUAAGGCAGUCCAUUUCAUUCAUCAGCCGUGGUACUUCACCACCACUUACAAUGUUGUCAAGCCACUAAUGAAGAGCAAGCUGCUUGAAAGGGUAUUUGUUCAUGGAGAUGACCUGGAAACUUUUUACAAAGAGAUUGAUGAAGACAUCCUGCCAUUAGACUUUGGUGGAACAUUGCCAAAAUAUGACGGAAAAGGCAUCGCUGAAAAACUCUUUGGGCCACGGAUCGAAUCUGAAGACACAGCUCUUUAGCCUUGGGUGUUCAGUUUGUUUCUGUCAGCCUUUUUCCUUCCAAAAUCUGUUAGUCCCAAUGAGGUUAAGGCAAUUGAAACAAAUGUUAGGCAUUUCUUUGCAAAAAUGUGGCAUUCCUGUAACUCAUCUAAACAUUUGUAUACAAUAAAUGAAAAAUACUAUAUGAA